GCGGCCGAGCGCCCGGAGGAGGAGCCGAUGGAGGAAGGAGGGCAGGCCCUGGAGGGGAAGGUGGCGCUCGGCUUCCAGCGAGGCUUCCUAGCCGGGAAGCGCCUGGCCGAGCUCCCCUGGGAGAGCCUUGAAGAGGUACUAAAACAUUCAAAGGAUUCCUCUCCAUUUUUGACUGUUCUGCAGAAGACUGUUUUUCAUCCACUCUGCUUGAAGUAUCCUCCAUCAGUUAAAUACAGAAGACGUUUCUUAUCAGAGCUGAUCAAAAAGCACGAAUCUACAACUGCUGAACCUUUGGAUCAACUCUAUGAAGCCCUUGGGGAUGUCCUAAAUACUGAAGAAACUACACACUGUUACAAGAACUAUUUAUUGCCCUCAGGAGAUGCCAUUACGCUUCGUGAAAACGUUGCAAUAGUUUCACAGGGCACCACAGGUCUUGUCACGUGGGAGGCUGGCCUCUACCUGGCGGAAUGGGCGCUGGAGAAUUCAGACAUCUUCAGGUACAGAAGAAUUUUGGAGUUGGGAAGUGGGAUUGGAUUGACAGGAAUUGCCAUUUGCAAGGCUUGCCAUCCAGGAGAGUACAUCUUCAGUGAUCACCAUGAGGGUGUCCUUCAACAGCUGUCAGAGAAUAUCCACUUGAAUGGUUUGGGUUUGGAGCCUGAAUCACGCAGCCACCAUGUAGAAGAAGGCCAAAGCCAUCAAGACCAUCUUCUGAGAGUAGACCACAUCCGAAUAUCAGUAAAAGAACUAGACUGGAAUCUGGUCUCCAAAGACGAGCUUGCGGAAUUGCAAGCUGAUGUCGUUCUUGCUGCAGAUGUAGUAUAUGAUCCGGAGCUGAGCCAGCACUUGAUUGGUGUCUUGCAAAAACUUCCCAAGGACCGCAGGAAUAAAGAGACACCUGAAGUUUACAUUGCCUUCAGUAUUCGAAAUCCGGAUACUUAUCAUGGCUUCCAAAUGCAACUUGGAACAAUGGAAAAGGAGCAGAGGGAAAGGCAUUUUCUACUCUUUGAGAUAAAGUGGAGAUUGGAUGGGAAAUUGUACCUACCUCUUGGAGGAAUCUUUUUCCAUAUGACCAGCAUGCUAAUAUAGUAAUUUUAAGGUUGUAUGUUUAAUGGUUCUUCCCCAAACUCUUGGUUGGAAAGCUUUUUCCAAAUAUGAUGAUUGGAAAUAACGUCAGCCAUCAUGACCUGGCUUCACUCUCAAUGUCCAGUCUUCCCUCAAAACAUCAAAAUGUCUCUCACUGCAGCACCUGAGGGCAAUUUGCUUCUUGUGUUAUAACCAACAGGACUACAGGAUAUAUUACUAAGGAUGUGUGUGUAUUAUAUUCUUUAAUUAUAUGUCUAUUAUUAAAGGUUGGCCCCUUGGAAUCCCAGAGAAUAUUCGUAAUCUAUCCUGUUUCUCUAUAUACUUAUGUAAACUAUGGAACUAACCAGCAAUUAUUUUUGUAUAAUAAACA